GUCCAAUAAUUUAAGAUUAAAUCUUUGGAUCCAGACUUUUUUUUUUAAAUGCGAGUUGAAGUAUUGAAAGGGAUUAGGAUAAACCACCGCAAUUUUAUAUGAUAUAAAGAUAAGACUUGACUUUGCAGUUUUCAUUUCCUUCUUGUAACCUUUUCUAAUCUUCAAAGUCAUAAUCUUACCAACUCGCUCCCCUCUAUUUCUAAUAUAUACAUUUCCUUAAGUUUUCUAUAAAUAGUCACACACAAAUACGUUUGUGAUAUAGAAAAUCAAGACAUAGAAAUGGGAAGCCAAGGCAUGAGUUCAUCAACGAGUCCCUUGGUGGUGAAGAAAUCACAAGUGGUCAUAGUGAAACCUUCAAAACCAACACCAAAAGUCUCUCUUUCCCUCUCAACACUCGACAACGAUCCUUACAUCGAAACUCUAGCCAAGACCAUCUACGUCUACGCCCCAUCUUCCAAAGAAGUUCAAGAUCCUGCUUCCCUUCUUCAAGAAGCACUCUCUCAUGCUCUUGCACACUACUACCCUCUCGCUGGAAAACUUCACCGGAGAUCUGAUGACCAUAGACUUGAGUUGAAGUGUGUUCCCGGAGAAGGAGUCCCUUUUGUAAAGGCCAUCGCAGAGUGCACUCUUUCUUCUCUCAACUACUUGGAGGACAUGGACGAGGACUUGAACCAACUCGUACCUAGUUAUGAAGCUGUGGCUGCUGGAGGGUAUAACGUUCUUGCUCUCCAGGUCACUGAGUUUGCAUGUGGAGGGAUCACUCUUGCAACGGCUCUCUCUCAUUCUCUAUGUGAUGGUUUUGGAGCGUCUCAGUUUUUUAAAGCCUUCACUGAGUUUGCCGCUGGAAAGACACAGCCUAGCGUCAUCCCCGUUUGGGAUCGACACUGCCUAACCUCCAACAACUUCAACAUUAAUGGGCAAGUGGAGGAAGAACAAGCUCCCAAGCUGAUUGAUUUCGGAGAGGCUUGUUCAUCCGUAGCAACUUCUCCCUACACACCAACCAACGACAUGGUCUGCAAGAUCCUCACCAUCACAUCCCAAGACAUCACUCAGCUCAAGGAAAACGUCACGGAAGACGUCACAACUCUAGAGAUACUUGCAGCCCACGUAUGGAGAGCAAGAUGCAAGGCCCUGAAACUAAGUCCAAAUGGAACCACACUUUUCGGAAUGGCAGUGAGCAUACGCCGCACUGUUGAUCCACCGUUACGUGAAGGCUACUACGGAAACGCAUUCGUCAAAGCCAGCGUGGCAAUGAAGGCUGGAGAGUUAAGCAGCUCAGAGUUAUCUAAUGUGGUGAAACUCAUCAAAGAUGCUAAGAGGGAGGCUUUAAAGAAAAGGUACGUGUUUGAGCAGCUAAAAGAGACAGAGAAGAGUUUGAAGAUGAAAGUGGCAUGUCAAGGAGGGAGUGGUGCGUUUAUGUUGCUUACUGAUUGGAGGCAACUUGGGUUGCUAGAUGAAGUUGAUUUUGGGUAUGGGGGAUCGGUGAAUAUAAUACCAGUGGUGCCUAAGUUUCUUUCGGAUAUUUGUGUUUUCUUGCCGAGGAAGCAAGGUGGUGUUAGGGUGUUGGUGACGUUGCCUAAACCUGCGAUGGAUAACUUGAAGGAACACAUGAAUCCCUUAAACUUUUAAAAUUAUGUGAAAUGAGAAAAUAAAUAAGUGGGUGAGUAUUAUCCAUUAAUUAUAACUUAUUCAAAAUAUGAUAAGCGACCUCAUAUGCUUUGUGUAAUCAUUCUCUUAUCAAGCAUUUCAUUUGCAUUAAGUUAUAUUUUGAUGACCAAAGAUUUAACGCCACCUCAGCAACGAGAUCAUGUUCUUA